AUGUUUCUAGCUAUUUAUGGUGGAUUAUCACUUGCAUUGAGUUUAUUAGCUCCAUUGAAAAUAAAACUUGUUGUACGAUUUCAACAUCAAUCAUUGUCAAUAGAACGAAUAUCAAUAAUUACUUUACCUCGUGUUUAUUAUCAAUGGUUUUCACAAACUAUGAGAAAGAAAGUAACUGAUUUCAAUUUAUUUGAAGCUUAUUCAUUUGGUCGAAAUGUUGAUCUGAUUAGAAAAAUACAACUUGGCCGUCUUACCACAAGGCUUUAUAUAUGUUUUUAUUGUGUUGGUAUUACAAUACUUAUUUUUUAUUCGUCAUUUAAGCAACGAACAAUAACAGAAAAUUUCUAUAAUCCAUCAUUAGUUCUUACUCAACAAUUAAACACACGACAAAAUGGUACAGUCGAAUGUCCAUGUACAAGAACAUCUAUACCAUUACAUGAAUUUGUUACCAUUCAAACAAGUUUUCAUGAAAUAUGUACAAGUACAUUUGUAAAAGAUGAAUGGCGUGAAGCUCUUACUAUUAAUUUUAACAAUAUAUCAUCGUUUUUAAAUAUAAAUAACUAUCGCCAUUUUCUCUCAGCACAUCUUCAAUUUCUCUCUGGGCUAUGUUAUCAAGCAAUGAAGCAUGUAAAUGAUUCGGUACGUUCUUUUACUUCGACUUCUCUGAUCACAAGCAGACUACUUUCACAAUCUUCGUUCGAUAAACAAUUAUCAAACUUAUUGUAUCAAACAGAAGUACAUGCACCUACAUUAUUUGCUAAUGCAUUAGAAUUAGUAAAAUCCAUCAAUCAUGGAAAUGCGCUUAUGACUGUCUAUGCAAGUAAUUAUGAAUUUGUUGCUCGAAAAAGUCAAAAAGAUAUCUCAACAGUAUUAUAUGCACUACCAAUAACUUACAAAGAAACACAAAAUUGUUCAUGUGGAUUACAAUCAAAAUGUCUGACACAAGCAGUUUUUACUUGGCCUCGUCAUGUCAAAGUGAAAGAUUUUUUAAUUGGAUGUUUACCAAGUGAAUCAUUCUUAGCUUCAACACUUGAAUGUUUCUUUGAUGUUGAUUGCAUUAAUCUUAUUCGAAAUUAUACAUCUGGUAAUAUUCAUCUGACUCAUGUACUUGCACUUAACGAUCGUUCUAUGAUUCAUUCACGAUUUCAGAUUAAUACAACAGUUAAGGAAUUAGUAAAAAAAUUAUUUAUGGAAGAAUGGCCAACAAAUAUCUCAUAUGAGCGUUAUUUUUCACAAUGUGCACCAAAUAUUUGUACGUAUUUCUACAUUGAUAAUGCUAAUAUCCUUUAUGUAUCAAAUACUUUGCUUGGUCUUUAUGGUGGAUUAACAGUAGUAUUAGAUUGGUGGUGUCCGCAGCUUGUUAAGCUUAUUCAACGAAUUCAAAAUCAUUAUAAUAAGAAACGUCGUGUAUGCUCUACAUCUAAUAUAACGUAG